AUGGGUAUUCGACAGACUCUCAGUCCCAAAAAGCUUGGGUACUGGAUUGAGAAACGUGUUGAUGCAAUAUGGGCCAAUCUUCUUACGAACCACCUCUGGCAGAGGAUGCUAAAGAAUACUAUCGCAACCACUUUAACAGUUAUACUCGCCCUUAUACCUGCAGUCGUGACUGUUUAUGGCAAAGCAGCCUACCUUGGGCCUAUCACAACGGUCUUUGGACAUCCAGGAAGAAGAUUUGGAAUGAUGGCGGAAGCUUUGGUACUUGCAAUUGGUGGCACAAUGCUAGGCAUAGGCUGGUCUUGCUUUGGAGUAUACCUGUCUAGUCUAGUCUACCAUCAGAAUGCUCCUGCGGCAUAUACAAUCCGUGGAUUAUUCCUGGUGGUGGCUUUGAUCUUUCACGGGUUCCUAAGAUCGCAUACACCUCGGCUAUUCAUCUUUGUGUUACUAUUGGUCAUUGUCUCCGUGGUUAGUCUGACCAGCACUGCAACUGCGGUCUCCAAGACUACAGUCACGACGCUCCUAUAUCCCAUCUUGACUGCUUCAGGCAUAUUGUUGCUGGUCAAUACUCUCAUUUUCCCAGAGUUUUCGAGCAGUUUUCUUGGUAUCACUACUAUUGAAACUCUGGGCGAGACAGUCGGGACUUUAAGAGAUGCUGGCAAGUACUUUGUCAGUAUUGCUGAGGACAGCGACGACGAGAAUAAGGGGACUGAAAACCAAGGCGCAGAUUUGGAGCACCAAACUACUUCAGCUGAAAAGCCGCCUGAAAAGACUGGCAAAGACGCCGAGCCUACAAAACUCCGAAAGCUUUUCAGGAAACUCAUGGGAGGGAAGAAAGAUAAGGAAACUGGAAAUGAGGGCCUGUUCCAACCUCCAGUCCCAAAAGCUGUCAAGUUGAAGUCAUUGACGGAUUCCAAAGCGAAACUACGAGCAAAGUUGGCCAGCUGCAAAGCGGCUCAGACCGAAUGCAAUUUUGAAGUCGCAUGGGCUGUACUUCCUCCGAGAGAUCUGAAACCUAUCAGUGACACGCACAUGAAGAAACUAGUUGCAAACACAAUCGCCUUAAUUGGUGCUUGUGAAAGUAAGUAUGCUUUGAUGGGAGAUGUUGAUGACAAGAAAAAUGAGGAGAGCAAAGAUGAGCAUCAACUCAAGGGUGUGGCUGAAGCUGCCGACCUUGAGAGCGCAGACGAAUCUUCUCGUCCUGGAACUGGGGCGAAUAGUUCGUAUGAUGGGUCUGGAGAUGAGAAAACGGACGCUAAGAAGAAUCGAAAGGAGCAGAAGAAAAGAACUCAGGGCUUGACGAGGCUCGAAAGAGAGUUGAAGGACCUCGAACUUAUCAAACCUAAGAAAGAAAUCCAGUCCGGCGACAUCGAGCUUUUGAGAUUUCUUGUUCGUCAAAUCACUAUGCCGCUCACAAAUCUCCAAGAGAAGAUCGACAGAAGUGUGGAUGUGGUAACAUCAAGCCUGGCCUACUGCUACGAUGUUCCCAAACUCCCUUCUGGUGCCCGUGCACCGAAAGGAAUUGAGCUGGAAGAGAUUGACAUCAGAGUCGAUAUCUUGACAGAAGCCUUAGCAGAUUUCGACAGAGACUCGGCGUUAUCUUUGGAGAAAGCUGCAGCCAUGAACGACCUUGACCAUCCUUUAAUUGAUGUCAUGCCGCGCAUGGAGACGUUUCUCAUCUCCUCGUUCUUAUUGAAUCUCCGCCAAGCAGCUCUGCACACUUUAGAAAUGCUCAAUCACUCUCGCUUCAUGGUUGAAAAGCGCCAAGCAAGGCAUGGUCGACCAAGACUCUACGCCCCAAGAAUAAAUUGGCGGAAAUGGCUUCUAUCGGGAGGUGAAGAAGACGGAUUCACGUUGCCGGAAAGUGGGAAACAAGAUGCGCGAAGAGGCAAAAGGGUGGAGUCUCAAGAUGAUGAUGAUUCCGUUACUAGCGAGGAGACACUUUUAUCCAAAAAGAAGAAAGAUGAAGAAUCGGGUCAAAGCCAGUCUCGAUCUCCUCAGCCAGCAAUCAAGGCCAAUCAAGCAGCAGCUGCAAAGAAGAAACCUAGGAAGGGUACGCGCAUGAUCAGGUUUCGCAAUAGUCUUGCAGACAUCAUUGAAUACAUCGUUGGCAGUGAAGACGUGCUGUAUGCUAUCAAGCUUACAGUGGCUGUCUUUCUGGUCACUUGGCCCGCAUUCCUGCAUCAGUGGAAUACCUGGUACUCGCUGAAUAGAGGUUUGUGGGCAGCCUUACAACUGGUGUUGAUUACAGAAGUAGCCAUUGGUACUUCAGUCAUGACCUUUACACUACGAGCGAUUGGAACCACGAUUGGCUGCACUUGGGGUUACGCUGCGUUCGAGGCACGCGAUGGGAACAAGAUCGUCUGCGUAGUCAUGCUCGUCAUAGGCAUUAUUCCAUCAACAUACAUCCAGCUUGGCAGCAAAUACAUCAAGGCAGGUAUGGUCUCAAUCAUUUCUAUGUGUAUCGUUGCUCUGGCGACAGAGGAUCACACGGUACCUGGUACCGGAACAGAGAACUCCUUGAAGCGACUUAUUGCCUUUCUUAUUGGUGGGAUCGUUGCCUUGAUCGUUGAAGUUGUCCUGUUCCCUGUCAAAGCACGAGAUCGCUUGGUAGAGUCACUCGCUGCAUCUAUGCGUCAGAUCAGCGAGAUGGAAGCGUGCCUCGCCUAUGGCAUUGAGACCGAAGUGAAUGUCGAUGUUCAUUCAGCCGAAGUCUCAGCCAGAUUCGAACGAGCUAAAGGCAAAGCACAGGGCGCUCUGACCGCAGCAGAAACUUUUCUACCAUUUUGUGCCAAUGAGCCGCGACUCAAAGGAUCGUUCAAAGGACUUGCUUUGGUUUACGCUGAGAUCCUCUAUGUGCUUCAUGCUGUGGUCGAUCGUAUGGACAACAUGCUUCAUCUUCGUCAUGAAUAUGGCUCAGGCGUUCUUGAAGAGCUCAACGAAAAAGUGUACCCGUACCGGCGUAAUGUGGCCGGAGCCAUUACACUAGUUCUCUUCGCAUGCCAUGAGGCACUGACUACCAAACUGCCUCUGCCUCAAUUCUUACCAUCAGCACGACUCGCGCAUCUCCGUAUGGUCAAUCGUGUGCGAGAAGUGGUUCUUGCUGGCGAUGUGCAUAAAAUGCACACCAAUGAACGAUCUGAGAUCGAAGUCAGUAUGGUAAAACGGGUCGUACGCCAAAAGUUCUUGAGCUGGAAUGCAGCAUCUGCGGGACAAAUUGAGGUCAUCGAAUACUUGGAAGAAUUGGUUGACCUCGUCAAAUUAUUGGUUGGUGCCAACGAAUUCCGAAGUGGAAUCUUGACUCGGCCAACAUACAGAGAGUAUGUUGACCGUAUUGAUCGUAAUACGAUGGAGCAGGAGAAGCAUGAACUGCGCGACAUCGUCACUGAAGCCGAGGCGAAGAAGAGACCGACUAGAAGAAGGACGACAUUUUCGAGGAAUCAAGAGGGGAUGGACACGUUGAACAAGAUACCCAGUGAGACGCAGAAGUUCGAGAAGCAAAAACAAGCGAAUGAGGAAGAGCUACCGAGAUCUUUGCAGAGAGUCAGAAGCAGAAGGAUUGAGGAAAUGGAAAUGCAGCAGAGUUGGAGCCGAGAAGACCAUGCUAAGAAGAAAGAGGGGAAGCAGGUCGACAGUAAUUGAUUCAAGGAGACGAUGUUGCUAUAAUCUCUAAUCAGAUGAAGACUCAUCUCCAUCGAAAUGAAACCAUUAUCC